CAGCAGCCUCUCCAGGACCUGAGCUUCUCACAGACGUCAAGAUGAAGUGCUUGGUUUUGCUUCUGCUUCUGGUCUUCGCCUGCAGCCUCCACGAGGCCCGAGUCAUCGUCCCUGAAGGAGUGCCGUAUGACGAACCCCCGGCCGUGCCCUACUGGCCCUACUCCACCUCCGACUUCUGGAACUACGUGGAGUACUUCAAAUCCAUCGGCGCCUACAACCACAUCAACGAGAUGGCCCGAGCGUUCUUCGCUCACCAGCACCUGGGCGACACUCUAGGCUAUGAGACCAACACGGGACACGAGCACUGAGGUCGUGGACCACAGCAGCAGCAGCAGCAGCAGCAGCAGCAGCAGCACGACUCAGUCCUGGAAGAACGUCAAACACUCAUGCUAUAGAGGCAUAGAAGUCAUACUAACUUAGAACGCUUGGCUGAUAUGAACGUAUGAGAGCGGAUUGACACGUUUUGCAAUAGUAAUGAAACCUUUGUAUUACAAUGACAAACACUCUUUUGCUUAGAGCAGCGUUCACAUCCGUUCCAUGGCUUUAUUUUGAAGGGCAAGAGCCGCUCCGCAUGUGACGUCAAAGUUCUUUAUUUGUU